GGGCCUCUCCGCCCAGCAGCGCCAUCUUGAGAGGACGGGCGGCGGGUUCGUUGUCCGUCGGGCCUACGUGAGGGCCGCCUCCCUGCCUCGCGGACUCGGCCCGCGGGUCGCCCACGCCUGACCGGUGCGGCCGAGGCGCCCCCGCCGUCGCCGCCAUGGAAGACGAGAUGCCGAAGACCCUGUAUGUGGGGAAUCUGUCGAGAGAUGUCACUGAGGCCCUAAUUCUCCAACUGUUCAGUCAGAUUGGACCAUGCAAAAAUUGCAAAAUGAUAAUGGAUCAGACAGCUGGGAACGAUCCGUACUGUUUUGUGGAAUUCUAUGAGCAUCGUCACGCAGCCGCAGCUUUAGCGGCAAUGAAUGGGCGGAAGAUAAUGGGUAAGGAGGUCAAAGUGAACUGGGCAACAACCCCCAGCAGCCAGAAGAAAGAUACCAGCAGUAGUACCGUUGUCAACACACUGCGUUCACAAGACCACUUCCAUGUCUUUGUUGGAGACCUCAGCCCAGAAAUUACAACUGAAGAUAUAAAAGCAGCUUUUGCACCAUUUGGAAGAAUAUCGGAUGCCCGAGUUGUUAAGGACAUGGCAACAGGAAAAUCAAAAGGAUAUGGCUUCGUUUCUUUCUUCAAUAAAUGGGAUGCAGAAAAUGCAAUUCAACAAAUGGGGGGACAGUGGCUUGGUGGAAGACAAAUCAGGACUAAUUGGGCAACACGCAAACCUCCAGCUCCAAAGAGUACAUAUGAAUCAAAUGCCAAACAACUCUCCUACGAUGAUGUUGUAAAUCAGUCCAGUCCAAGCAACUGCACUGUGUAUUGCGGUGGCGUAACUUCAGGUCUGACAGAACAGCUAAUGCGCCAGACGUUUUCUCCAUUUGGGCAGAUAAUGGAAAUUCGAGUCUUUCCAGAUAAAGGGUACUCCUUUGUACGGUUCAAUUCUCAUGAAAGUGCUGCACAUGCAAUUGUUUCAGUCAAUGGCACCACAAUAGAAGGACAUGUGGUGAAAUGCUAUUGGGGCAAAGAGACACCAGACAUGAUCAACCCAAUUCAACAGCAGAAUCAAGUGGGCUAUCCACCACCUUAUGGGCAGUGGGGCCAGUGGUAUGGAAACGCCCAGCAGAUUGGCCAGUAUAUGCCUAAUGGCUGGCAAGUCCCUGCAUAUGGAAUGUAUGGGCAGGCAUGGAACCAGGGAUUCGGUCAGACACAGUCAUCUGCAGCAUGGAUGGGUGCAAAUUAUGGUGUGCCACCCCCUCCUCCGCCCCCACCACCCCCACCCCAGGGGCAGAAUGGAAGCGUUCUAACUAGUCAAACUGGAUAUCGGAUGGCAGGUUUUGAAACGCAGUGAGAGACAGAAGGACUCUGGAAUAGAAGACCUGUGGCUUUGAGGCUGUAUGGAGCAUUGUAAAAUCCUUUGUUUACUUAAAAAAAUCUAUCCAAUCAAGUCAGUGCAAAAGUCAAACAGUAUUUAUUUUUAAUCAUGAAACUUUGUUGUUGUUCACGCUUUUUUUUAAAGACACACAGGAAAUACUAGAUGCUGGAUAUCUGCCAACUUUUGCCUUCUUUUCCUCUUUUGAGAUGUGUUUCUUAAGAUCCAUGUUUGAAACACAACUAAUGCAGGGAUUUCUGCCACUUUUAGUAUAGCGGCAGGAAAUUGCACAAUAUCAAACUUUUUUUUUUCCACUGAAGUAGUAUGCAGUCUAGUUUGCAUUCCUAAUAUGACUUAAAAUGUACAUGAAAGAAGUUAUACGAGAGAAAAAAGACACGCCAAAACUGUGUGAAUUCUGGGGGUUUAUUGAAAUCUUCAGUUUGUGCACAAUUCUGUUUUAAAGAGAGCCUGAUGUAUAAAGUGUCCAUCUCCUUGCUUUUGUUAUACUGGGAUUUCAAAUAUAACUUAUUCGUUUACAUUAUUUUGUAUCUAAACAUUUUUCAGAAAGUGGUUUUUGCCUUACUGUCACUAUUAAAUUAUGAAGUAGGAGUCAGGACGCGGGCAAGCACCUUGUGUUCAGAGAAUCCAGCUCUGCGCUCUGCUCAAUGUCAGAAGGUGCCUGGGGGAUGUCCCUGUUCAUUGCCUGAUGAACAUAAGCCCAGUUUAGAUCUUAUUAAAAUGUGACACAAUCUUAGGAGCCAGCUUUUUAAAACCUGUCCAUUUUUACAUUUACAUGUAUCCUUUAUCAUGUCAACUAUUUUAGCAAAUUAAUAUUUUCACAAAAGUCGCUCUAGCUUUUGUAUGUCUCCUUUGAAAGAGUACGAGACAGAAAGACCUCUACAUGACUUACGGCUAUAAUUUAAGCUUUGACUUUUGCAUGUGAAUAUUCUAAUACACUGUUAGACUUUGAAUAAACAGUCAUGCUCUCAUUUUUCAGAGAUAUAGAGAAUACAUUGGUCUUAGCAGCUUUUUACUCACAUGGAGCAAGUCUGACUUGAUUUUAGCAUGUACAGAUAGAGCUAUUAAACUAUAUAGCACUGUGUGUAUCAAGCCAGGAGUAAAAGGAAUGCUCCAACUGAAGCCUGAAGGACCAACUGGAUAAAGCAUUUUUGAAUUGUUCAGAGGCCAAAUAAUAAUAAUAAUAAUAGCAUUAUCCUACCUCCUAGCUAGGUUUCAGAAGAUGCAGAAAGAGCACUACCCUGGGUGUACUGAUUAUAUAUCCCAAUUAACAUCUGGGCACAUGGAGGUGUUUGCUUUCCGUUCUGCAUUGUUUGUAGUGGAGCAACCGAUUGAGACGUUGCUGGUAUGCACAAGACAGGGAGUGGCCACCCUCAUUUCAUGGAACAAAAGGGGCCAGAACCAAAGCAGAGGGUUGGCUGCUAAGAAAACAAAUUGCUGUCUUGUAGACAGAUCCUGGCCCUAACAUUUUAUAAAUAAAGCAUCCCCAAAAGAUGCCAUUGUACAUUAA